AUGACUACAAGUUGCUCGAAAUAUUUUGAAUAUGAUUUUGUUCAUGCGUUAAACAACAUUGAGACGUUUGAACAUCUCUCUCGGGCACUUUCUAAUACUUUAGAAACUUUUGAAGUUAAUUUUCCUAUCGAAGAAGGUUGUUUAAGAGUGUUUUUGGAUGAAUCUAGAUUCAAACUUCGGCAUAUUAGGAAAAUUUCUCUUAAAGAGCUAGGUUUCGCCAAACGAUACAUCUUCUCUAAACAAUACAUUGAAGAGGCGCAGUGUUACUUUAAUAUAGUAAUGCUCAACGGUUAUGAAAUCGAUAACCCAUUCUAUGAUGUACCAAUGAAAAUUCUCACUGGAACAACAGAAAUACGAACUUCCCAAGAAUUUCGC